AUGGCGUCUCCAGUCGCAGCGACAGACUUAACAACUUUUUCGUCGCCACCCUCACAUUUACGUAUCCCACCUUUUUGGCCUGAAAAACCUGCUAUAUGGUUCGCUCAAAUUGAAGGACAGUUUGCAGUGAUGCGUAUAACCGAUGAUGCGACCAAAUUUUACCACAUCUUGAGUACCUUAGACAGGCAGUAUGCAGCCGAAGUUGAAGACAUUCUUACCGGCCCACCUGACUACAAUCGACUCAAAGAUGAGCUCAUCAAGAGACUGUCAGUGUCGCGGGAGAAUAAGGUUAAGCAGUUGCUCAUGCACGAACAGCUCGGAAGCCGCAAGCCUUCGCAAUUCCUACGGCACUUGCAACAUCUCGCUGGCCCCGGAAUACCCGAGGACUUCGUCAAAACAAUUUGGACAAGCCGCCUACCCACUGGAUUGCAGCCAAUCAUCGCUUCGCAGUCAUCGUUGUCUCUCGACGCACUGGCGGAACUUGCCGACCGGGUCAAUGAGAUCGCGACCCCGGCACCGCAGGUAGCAAGCGCUACCACGUCUACACAUAUUGACGAGCUGACACGACAGGUAGCAGAGCUGACGAAACAAGUGAGUGCACUGACCGCGCAAGUUAACCAUCACCCAAGCAGAGGACAACGGAGACCGACAAAGCAACAGCGCAGCAGAUCUUCAUCUCGCCGCCGGUCACAGUCUAACUACAGACAGCACCCCAUAUGUUGGUAUCACUUCAGAUAUGGUACCAAAGCCGUCAGAUGUGUCCAGCCGUGCGACUACAAGGCGUCGGAAAACAGUCAACAGUCCGGACAGUCGCUGAUGGCGACACAAGACUGCCGCAAUACCACGGGUCGCCUCUUCAUCACGGACAGUAAAACUAAGAAUCAAUUCCUUAUUGAUACCGGUAGUGAUAUAUGUGUCUACCCAGUGUCCGCACUUAGAGAGCGUCGUUAUAAAACUUCUUUUCAACUCAGUGCCGCGAAUGGUUCAGUGAUAAAUACGUAUGGAUAUAUCGAACUUAAUCUUAAUUUAGGUUUACGUCGUGACUUCCCAUGGCGCUUUGUUGUUGCUGAUGUCACAAUGGCUAUUAUUGGUGUUGAUUUUCUUUCUCAUUACAACCUUAUUGUUGACAUCAGCAACCAACAACUUAUUGAUACUUUAACCAAUCUUAAGUUUGUAACAUCUAUAUGUAAAAAUAAUUGUCUUGUCACAAGUGUAAAAAUUCCAACUGGUGGUAGUGGUAGGUAUCACAAUAUUUUAGCACAAUAUCCGGAAAUAACUCGCCCCGCUGGUACUCCGGGUAUCGUCAGACACCACACGACACACCACAUCAUCACCACACCAGGUCCACCUGUAUCGCUGCCGCCCCGUCGUCUCGCUCCAGAUAAAUUGAGAAUCGCCAAGCAGGAGUUCGAUGCCAUGCUACGUAACGGCACGGCACGCCCUUCCUGCAGCCCUUGGGCAUCACCACUGCAUCUGGUGUCGAAAAAAAAAGACGAUGGCUGGCGUCCAUGUGGCGACUACAGGUCAUUAAACGCACGAACCAUACCCGACAAAUACCCUAUUCGUCAUAUACAUGACUUUUCACAUUGUUUGUCCGGAUGCACAAUUUUCUCGGUAGUGGAUUUACAAAAAGCUUAUAAUCAGAUACCAGUAGCUAAGGACGACAUUUUAAAGACAGCGAUCACAACACCUUUUGGAUUAUUCGAAUUUCCGUAUAUGACAUUCGGACUGCGCAAUGCGGCGCAAACUUUUCAAAGAUUCGCUGACGAGAUGACGCGUGGACUGGACUUCACCUUUCCUUAUAUCGAUGAUUUUUUAAUUUUUAGCAGGUCAGCCCAGGAGCACGAAGACCACCUGCACCAACUCUUCACACGCAUGAAAGAGUAUGGCGUUUUGGUUAAUACUACCAAAUGUGUCUUCGGCGUCCCAGAAGUCACGUUUUUGGGUUAUCAAAUUUCCGAAAAAGGUACCAAGCCUUUGGUAAGCCAGGUCGAGGCAAUCGCAAAAUUUCCGGUCCCGAAAACCGUCAGAGAACUCCGGCGAUUUUUGGGCAUGAUUAAUUUUUAUCGCCGAUUCCUACCCAAUGCUGCCCAAGUACAAGCGCCUCUCAACGCAUUGCUAGUUGGUUCCGUAAAAGGUGCACAACCCGUAGUUAUCGAGGGAAAGUCAUUGCAAGCCUUCCAAGACUGCAAAACCAGCCUAUGCAAUGCAGCUCUCCUAGCCCAUCCCGAUACUCAAGCAAAGUUGAGUCUCGUGACAGACGCUUCGGACUCUGCAAUAGGUGGAGUACUCCAGCAGCUUAAAGGUGGAGAUUGGCAGCCGUUAGCAUUUUUCUCUCGCAAAUUGAGCCCCUCGCAGUCAAAAUACUCGCCGUACGACCGAGAGCUUCUCGCCAUAUAUGAGAGCAUAAAAUACUUCCGGCAUAUGCUGGAAGCAACAAACUUUACUGUGUAUACUGACCACAAACCUUUAUGUUACGCAUUUCAGCAGCCGAAGCAUAACUGUUCGCCGCGUCAGUACAGACAUCUGGACUUCAUCUCUCAGUUCACCACGGACAUAAGGUUUGUUUCGGGCAAAGACAACCUUGUCGCUGACACCUUGUCUCGCAUCUGUGAACUGCAGAUGCCUGUGGACUUGGAAGAAAUGGCCAAGCUACAAACCACAGAUCCGGAGCUGGCAGAACAUUUAUCGGGUGGAACCUCUUUACGCCUGACUAAGAUGAGCGUCCCUGGAAGUCAAGCUGUUUUGUACUGCGACGUCAGUACGCAGAUGCCCAGGCCGUUUGUCCCACGAGAGAUGCGUCAGAAGGUAUUUCAGUGCCUUCAUUCACUCAGCCACCCCGGUCCCAACGCUUCAGCCAAACUCGUUGCACAACGAUUCGUUUGGCCACUAAUGCGGAAAAAUUGCCGUGAAUGGUCUAAGGCAUGUUUGAAUUGCCAGCGCUCGAAGGUCACAAGACACGUCACCGCCCCUGUGGGCAGGCAUGACCUACCUUCAGCACGAUUCAAACAUGUCCACCUAGACUUGAUCGGACCCCUACCGCCAGCAGGUGAUUAUCGGUACUGCCUUACAGCCGUCGAUCGCUUUACGCGAUGGGCAGAAGCUGUACCUCUAACCGACAUCACCGCCAAAACAGUGGCCACAGCAUUCAUUUCAUGUUGGGUGUCCCGAUACGGUUGUCCUGUCGAGGUUGUCACCGACCGCGGCAGACAAUUCGAGUCGGAUUUAUUUCUACGGUUGUCCAAGUCCAUCGGCUUUGAUCACCGUAGAACAACAGCAUAUCAUCCACAGUGCAACGGUUUGGUUGAACGUUUUCGCCGGCAGCUGAAAGCUGCGAUAACUUGCCACGCAGACGCAAACUGGACUGAAACCUUGCCACUCGUCCUUCUCGGUAUAAGGACUGCUUUCAAGGAAGACCUCCAAACGUCAUCGGCAGAGCUGAUACACCACCCACUGUACCAGAUACACCACCCACUCCACCACACCAACACCUUCCAGUAA